CAGUUUGGAAUGGUUCAGAAUUGUCGUAUAGCUCAGUGGCGCGAAAACAACUUGACGUACAAACAAUAACAAUUUUUCAAAAAAUGUACAACUCUGUCAGAAAAUAUAAAGAUUUAUUCCGAUAUCUCUUUAGUUAAUAUAUAGACGAGAAGAAGUUGCUCAUUUAAAGAGAAAGAACUUUAAAUAAUGGCAUCAAAAAGAAAACCUUUGGAUGAUGCCCGCAAGAGAGUAAAGGAGAAGUUGAAUGCAAUUGAUGAACAAAAAGAAUUUAUUCAAAAUUCUGUUCACCAACUUACCAAUGGGGUAAAACUUGCUGCUAACAGCUUAUUGACAGAGUGCAACAAGACAAAGUUCUUCCAGAAAUAUCGAGCUGUUAGUCAAGAACUUGAGAAAUGUCUUGAUGACUUGUUGUUGAUUAGUGCUACUAUAUCAUCUCUUGAAGAAGAUGAUGAGAAUAGUGGUGAAUCUGAGGAAGAUGACAAACCACCAGACGACCACCCACUCACCUCAUGUCAUGAAGGAGAAGAUUCAGUCAAAAAUAUUUCAAAGCCAAAACAUGAAGAAACCUUUUACAAAUCCCCCGGAUCUGGUGAUACAGAAAUAAAAAGCUGUUUUUCUGCUGUCUCACAAGAGAAAGAAACUGAUAUGGGCCAUGGAAAUGAAUCCACAUUUAAAAGAACAAAAGAUUUUACAUUCAGUAAAGAAAGUGAAAUGAAAGAUCUGAUUGAUUUUGAACAAAAAACUUUUGAAAACUGCAAGAAUGAGGCAGUUUCCCCAACUUCCUACUCUUCACCGAGUGGACAAUCUGAUACUUUGUCAACAUCAGAGCAAACUGAGAAAUAUGGGAUCCCAAGUGAUACUUCACUGUCAAUAGCAGAAUGUGAUGACAUCAGGGAACAUGUUGCUGAAGCAUUUGAUUUAGUACACUUCGAUCAGGAUCAAACAUCAACAUCCACAACUUCGCAGUUUUCAACUGACGUUUUGCAGAUUAAGAAAUUUGUAGUAAAUGAUGGUGCAGAAUAUUCUGGAACACAAGACAUUAACCAACCAAGAUUGUGCAACUCCCUGAGUUCUACAACUUAUGUAAAUGAUCCAUGUUUGCCCAGUUCGUUAUUGAAUACGUCCAAGGAAACUGUCGAAAACAGUUCAAGACGAGACAGCUCAGUUGAGGAAAAUAAGAUGGUACCUGACCUUUCCAGCGAAAAUAUGUUCGUUGAAUUUGCGGAUUUGCCGAAAUGCAGUUCACCGACUACAGUGCGCUUGCAACCAAUUGGUUUCUGUGAAUAUAAGUCACAAGAAAUUAUGGAUGGUGUUGAGACGGCAAUGAAAAACGCCAACACAAAAAUGACAGUCGAUGAAAGUGAAAACAACGAAAUCAAAUUUGACCGAAGCGACAAAGCUAAAAUCACAGACACGGAAGAAUCUAAAAUCGUGACUGACUUGAACGGAAAAAUAUCGGCGACAAUAAAUGAUUCCUGCAAAUCCGAACCAAGUAUUGAAACACACAAGAAUAACGAGCUGCCAUUAUUGACGGAAAAAACAGCAACAAAUGCAAUGCAGGAAUCUCUGGUAACGUCAAAUAGAUAUAAGUCUGAUGAUGAACCUGUUGAUGAACCAGUAUCGAGUCAGGAAUCUGAGAGUUCUGCUUCUACGCAUGAUAAAGUGCAGCACGAGGUUACCUCUCCGGUAUCGGUAUCCGCUGGUGACGUUUUGGAAGGGGUUUUAAGAGAGAAACCAACGUGUGAAAUAUCAGAAAUAAAAGGUUUACAAAUUCCUGCGUUUGAAAUCCAAGCAGGAAGUUGUAUUGAAGUCACUGUGAAGGAGGUAAUCAGUCCACGUGAUUUUUGGAUCCAAAAAGCAAACGAUGAUUUAGACCUGCUCAUGGAAAAAAUGUGUUACUAUUUCUCAAAGCGAGCGAAGUCUGGGGACAAGGGUGGACUCAAGGAGGCUCCACUUGUAGGUCACGUGUGUUGUGGCAGAUACACAGUGGACAAUGUGUGGUAUCGAGCAUUGGUGACAGCAGUUUCUCAAGAGAACUGCGUGACUGUCUUAUAUGUUGAUGAAGGUAACAGCGAGACUUUGCCGUUGUCAAGGUUACGGGAAUUAGAUGAAAAAUUCGCUGGAUUGCCAUGCCAAGCAUUGCGCGUUCAGUUGAAAGGCCUGGAGCUGAGCGAAGAUAUUACUCUUUGCGAGGUAAACGACUGGUUUAAACGUCGCGUGUCAGGUGAAACACUCGAAGCGGUCUUAUGCGAGAACGAGGCUGAUGUAAAACCUGUUCCUUUGGAUCUCUAUAUUUUCCCCCCUAACCGCUCGGCAAGUGACGUUAAUUAUCAAAAAAUUGAAUGCAGCAUCCUUGAAAUGCUUAUACGUCAAGGUUUCGCCAUUCGCGCCUCGUCAGUUGCGAGUCCUGGGACUAGCGAUGAUAUUGGUCCCCCUUCAUCUCCUAGCGACCAAGGCAUUAAAUCUGAAAGCGUUCGUAGUUCAUCAUUGACCAGCGGUUUUCAUGAUACGCCAUCACCAACAUUUGAUGACUCCCAUAGUGAAAGCUCUCCUAGUAUUUCUAAGAAUGGCGUGAUAUGUCGUGUACCACCUCCUCAUAUUCCAGUUGACUCUGACGGAUCACUCUAUAUGUUAGUCUCUCAUAUUGUCAGCCCGGAAGAGUUCUAUGUCCAUAUUAUUUCAAAUGAAGCUGGAAUGUUGGAUGAUCUUAUGACAGACAUGAAUCAAACCUAUCAAGAUCUGGAAUCUAAAGACUCUGACAUUUUCUCGCCUUGUGUUGGGGAUUUUUGUUGCGCCAGGUUUUCAGCAGAUGGGAACUGGUACCGAGGCCUUGUUCUACAGGUCCGUUGCUUCGGGGACUCUAGCGAGAAAGUUACAACAGUUGAAGUAUUCUAUAUUGACUUUGGUAAUAUCGAGCAAGUUACUGUUGGAGAUGUUAAGGAAUUGCUUCCCCAGUUUAUGUCAAUUCCUGCUCAAGCCAUUCGCUGUUCGUUGGCUGAUGUCAACCCAAGCAUUAAACAAGCUGAUCUGGAUAGUGAUGUCUUCAAGACGGCUUUCACGGCAGAACAAGAUGAAGAUAGCAAGAACAUGCGGUCAAGGCGACGAGUGCGUAGACACAGAAAAAGUCGUUCAAGAGAAAUAACCAUAGCUGCAGGGGACGAGGAUUCCGGGGACGAAAUUCUAACCGGGGAUAUGGACGUACUCGGACUAAUCCCCGAAAUCGAGAGACACAAUCAUAAAGAUCGUCUGCGUUCAUCCAUCUCCGAUGAGAUCGCGAUGAGCUACCAAGAACCUUCGCUAUUUUCCGACACAGCUGUGGAACUCUUUGAGAAAGUAUUAUCAGGCGUAGAGGCGGUAACUCUGAAACCGUCAUGGUCUGAACGUGCUACGGAUUAUUUUAGAUCCCUGACCAAGAAUGCUCGAAAGUUAGUCGGUUAUGUUGUACCUUGGGAUUCAGCAACGUUGAAUAAUAUCACGAAUUAUAGUCGGACUGGGGAAUGCAGUUUGCCUAAUCUCGGACCUGUGUUAAAACUAAAUCUUUAUGAUAUCAGCAAUGAAAAUGAUUGUUUUAUUAACGCAGAGAUGGUUAAAGCGGAGUAUGCUUCGUCUAAUUCGAUCAAGGGCUUUCCAAUAGUUUCUUCAAUUCCCGAUGAGGCGAGCAUCCCUGUAACAGAAAACACAAAUAACGGGUUUGACAGUAAAGCACCAGAUCUGGACGAUAUCCCGGUUGUCAGAGUUCUUCAAAGCGAGCUUUCGUCUUAUGAAACACCCUCAGAUUCAAGGUUAAAGUCGCCUCUUCCGUUAGAUCCCAGUUCCCCAUCUAGUCCAACCAGUCCAACGACACAGUUACUCGACGCAUGGAGUCCAUCGACACACGACUUCAAAUCAUUUCGUAACGCCUACAGUGUUCAGACUGAUAACCUAGACGUCGCAAUUACAGGAUACGAGGAGAAUCGUGGCAAGAUAUGCCGCUUUUAUCACACCAGAUAUGGUUGUUAUCGGGGAAGUACAUGUCCAGAUAAACACAUUGAACAAGAUGUAUCUGAGAAAGUUAUAAUAUACGGCUCUACUGCCAAUCCUCCAAAGUUACCGGAUAUCGGAGCAUGGGUACUAGUUAAGAUUACAGCUAUUUACAAUCCCGCUCAUUUCUGGGUCCAGUUGCCAUUCGGAAUUGAAAAUCUCUCUACUCAAAGAAUCCAAAGUCAAAGUGGCAAAAAAACAUCCGGCGAGGAAAAUUUAAAGGAUUUUAAUAAUCUUAUGAAAGAAAUGAGUGAGUUUUAUUCGAAGAUGUUCAGACGCGAGCGUUCAUUGGUUCCCCCGACUGAGGGUGAACUGGUGGCGUUGAGAUCAGGACAGGAUAACAGGUGGUACAGAGGACAAGUGUGUCAGGAAGGGGUUGAGAAGUAUAAGAUAUUAUUUGUCGAUUACGGAAUCGCGGAUUGGGUGGAUAGAAGCAAUAUCUGUCCCAUAAUGCCUCAGUUUCUUCAUCUGCCGUUCCAAUCUAUCGAAUGCUGCUUGGCAAAUAUCACGCCGAAAUCUGAAAACUGGACAGAGGACUCAAGACAACACUUCAAGUCAUUGGUGGAGGAUAAAGUAUUAGUUUGUCAAAUUUUAUCCAUUGGGAUGAACAAGAAAAUGAUUGUGAACCUCUACGAAUCAGACAAAGGUGACUCUCAGGAUAUCACAGAGCAAAUGAUUGAAUCUGGUUACGCCAAUGAAGCUAAGUGUAAAACACUUAAACCUGUUGAUCUCAAAUCCGUUCAAUCUUCUUUGAACAGUAUCGUUAAUCCAGGCUAAUAAACCCCCAUGCUAGCUGUAUAUUUUAUUUGAAAAUUUACUAAAAAGUUUGUGCAAAAGUUUUAUAGGUCACCCCAGUAAUUUUCACACAGACACUUUAUACUCAAAAGUUUAUAGUUCAUGUGAUGCAUAGAUGAUUCUUGCUUUUUUAGGCGACAAAAAGUAGCAUGAAAAGCCAUAAUAUAUAAGAUAUAGCUACUAUACGUGUGAAUAAGAUAUGUGAAAUUACUGAAAACAGUUAUAGUUUUGUUGUCGUUGACUCGUAGCUUGGCUACAAAAACGAACGAAAAUAGCUUAAAUUCUUUUGGGAGGAAAAAUUAAGUAAAAAGAUUUUAAAUAAAUUGUCAUUG